AUGGAGAAUAAAGAGUUCAAGGAUGCAGUGGUGACAUUCACUACCGUGACCCACAAGGAUGAAACUUCCCAGACCAGCCUCACCCUCAGCAGGGGAAAGAGAAGCUACCCAGACCUACACACCUUUGUGCAGGACAUGAAGGACGACCAUUGGAAUCUGCUGAGUGAGAAUAUGCGUGCCGGGAUGAGCAGACAUGAGUUUAGUGCCAAGUGCAUGGAUAUUGUAGCAUGGGUGAUGGAGUCUACAUCCACUGUGGUUGUUCCCGCCCUUGACCUCACCAUGCAGAUAGAGCUCUCUGAUUCGCCAAGCUCUUCUGGAUCAGGAAGUAAUGAGGCAGGAGAGGUGACCUCUCUUGGCCGCAGCAUCAGAUUCAGCUGUAGUGGAGGAGCCAGCAGGUGCACCAGCGCCAGAACCGCCUGCAGCACACGCACUCCCACGCCUUUCCCCUCCUCUCACAGGUGUUUGACCUCUUUGCUGAGUGAGGACAAAGAGCGAUAUGUCUCCUCACCUGAGGGUGGCGAUAGAGAGAUGAGACACAGACCACACUCAGCACCACUGAGAUCUGUGUUUGGCAUCUCUGAGGACUCUGUCUUCGACAUGGUCCAGAGCGGCCAGUCGCAGGGUGACAUCGUACCGCUUCCCAAACGGACAAUCAAAACAGAGCUCGAGAACCAGAGACCUACCAACCUGGCAGCCAGAGACCUACUAUCGUCUCUGGUAGAGACCAUUGAGGACAUGGAUAUCUCUGACAUCCUCCAGGGCCCGUCAGCAAUUUUGGAGGAGGCUGCUGUGAUAAAGCAUCCAGAGAUGUCCACCUCGACAAUAUACAGAUCUCUGCUUCUCGACUCAUCUCUCGCCUCCUCUAAGAUGGUCACUGAGAGCAUUAUCUUCAACAACCCAUGCCCAUCAGAGGAGAAUGUGAGUAUUCAGAAGGAGCUCCCUGCUGAUAAAGUUGACAUCCUCCAUGGUCAACCAGUGGAGGAGUAUAUUGUCAAAGCUGAGCAAUGCAUCACUCAGGUCAUUCAGGAUGCAGCUGUGACAUAUACUGCUGCGCUGGAUAAAACCGACACUUGUGGGAAACUGUCAGAAAUCCUAUCUGUCCAUGUUUCCUCAGAGAAUAUUGAGGAGGCAUCCUCUGAUCUCUUUGGUGGAAUUAUUUCCGACCUGCAUGAGGUAUCUGAGGUCAAUAAGGCCUCCAUGCGUACGAAAUCAGGUCGCAAAAUGUUUUGGGUGGAAGUGAGUUCAGGUUCCCAGAAGAUUUAUACCAAAACCCUGGACAAACUAAGGAAGCUGUUCACCUCCCACCAUCUCACUGAGGGAAAAAAUACUCCUGUGCAAAUCGAGCUUUCUGCAACUGGACUACUUGUAACUGAGGCCACUCUGCAGGAAUCUCCUGUAACUGAGGCCACUUUGGCAGUGUCUCCUGUACAGAAGACAGACAGUAAGACCCCUUCUAAGUCCUCAGCCUCAGCCUACCAGCUCACCCUCGACACCUGCACUAAAGGGGUAAUCAAACAGGUGAUCUCGGUGCUGAGGGUGGACACUUCAAAGGAAGACUGCUCCGCUUCCGUUGGGGAGAGCACGUCAAAUUCCUCCUUCGACUUCAACCAGAAGUUGGACUCGAUAAUUUCGAAAUUGGAGGACCUCACCAUUUCGACUGAUGUGACGUCAGCCGAGAUUGCCACACUCACGCGAUCUCUUAGUGCAGCCAGCAGAACCUCUAACAUUUCCAUCCAGAGCUUUCACAGUGCUGAGUUCCGAGCUAAGGCCAAACACAUUGUGAGUGAGACCAUUCUCAGAGCUGCUAGCAAAGCCACCCAUUCUUUGCUACAGAGCAUGCCUAGCACCACCUUCUCACACCAUGCGGUUUCUACAGCCGAAGAUAUAGUAAAUAUUAUCAUGCAAGACCUUGAAAGUGUAUCCCAGUACACUGUGGAUGACGCAGACUCCUUCCCACAAGGAGAGAAAAAGCUGGAGUCCCAGCUCAAACCCAGAGUUGUCUUUGACAACUUAUUGGAUGCUGCUCAAACCAUGUACCACAGAGUAAAGGAUAGACUGAACAUCUUUUUCUCUUUUCCACCAGUGUCAGUCACCACAGCCAAAUAUGUGCUGGACUCCACCCCUGUGGAGACACUCAGACGUUCUAAGUCCGCUGACACUGCUCUUGUUGAGGACAGGAGCCGCCCUCCGUCUGUGAGAAGUGAGAAGCCUUUGUCAAAAGUCUGUUUGGCUAAAAGGUCUAAAGCCCUUGUGUCUUCGAGUGGCUCUUCAACAGACCACCAUGUAAUUGACACAUGCAGUGAGGAUGUCACUCUGCCCACCAGGAGUAUGUCAGUUGUGAGCAACAACAGUUUGAAGAGAGCCUCUCCUCUCCACGGCAGUGGAUUGAGUGAAAGUUGCAAACCUCUUGUGGCUCUAAAAGACGUAACAGUGGCAGUCAGCCAAGAAGGCUUUAGCAAAACUGCAAAGAAGACGCUCAGCUUGAUCCUAAAUGUGAUCAAGUGUAGAGUGGCCAACUCUGAGAGUUCAUCUGUUGGGCAGAUUGCAAGUGAGGAGUGUCUGAUAGCCACUAACAUGUUAGACUCUGUACUGGAGAGCCUUGACCAGUUGCCUGACAUGAGCGCUGCCGAUGAGAUCACAAGGACAGAAUCCCAUACCUCUAUCGCAAUGGAUGAGACAGGUUCACAGUCAACGCUUGUGAGCCAACAAGAAAUAAACAUAUCUGACACCAAUAUCAUAGUGAAAACUAUAAUGGACACAUUGAAGACGGACGACCCAGAGAUGACUUCAGCAGAAGAAAAUCUGGAUAGGCUCCUGUCAGUUGAAGCCCUUCAAGGUGCGUCUGGCAACCUGAUUGCAAAGGUCCAUGGUCUCAUUCAGGAGAUAACCAUAAACCGCCAGCUUCAAUCCAUGGUUGGCCACAGAAGCCUCUCUCAACCAGCGCUGCCUAAACCAGCCCUGAGGAAGCUGUCAAAGGACGAUGCCUCAGAGCUCAUUUACAACUUUGCCCAGACUUCUGUUAGGAGACUCCUGGGGCAGUGUAUGGGAAGGCCUAUGCCACCAUCGGCUGAAAUGGUUUUGGAUCAGGUCAUCAAGUUGAUGACAGACGUGGUGAUGGACAGCCUGACUUAUGUGUCCAAGUCUACAAUGGAGGAUGACACCAGCAAUGCCACAAGUGACAUCACUCAUGGUGUUGUAGCUGACCUUAAUGCUACUGAGGAAUUCCCUGCCAGGAGCCUUAGCCCGGCUGAUGUAAAGGCUGACGGCAUGGCCCGUCUUCCCUCUGCCAGAGGGGAAGAGACUAAGAAGAACAGGAAGUGGCGUUUCCUACCGAAAAUGCAUAAGUUUCCAAAGAUCAUGAUUAAGCUGUUCAAGACAAAAGGGGAACCGAAGAGCCACCCUAAACAGGAUGCACUGCCUACCAAACGUCUCAGAGAGACUCAUAUUUCACAGGAUGCUGAGUGUGAGGUUCCAGAGGUUCCAUCCACUCCCCCUCCCAAGGAGGACCUGACAACCACACCGACCCCUGCUCCCCAGGAGUCCCAGUCCCGUAAACGCCCACUCAUAGUCAGGGUGUUACACGCUCUCUCCAGAGCCAUCUCCAAACCAUUCAGAGGAGCUUCUGGGAAGAAGAAUUAGCCAAAUGCCUGAAUUUAUUAAUAUUAUAUUUUAAUCAGAGCCUUUAUUUAAUAAAACAUUACUGCAUUGAUUUCUGUCUAUAGUAGUCUUCAUGUAUGUGCAAGAUAACGGUAAAGUAUUUCAAACCACAUAGUCAAAAGUAUUCAUAGUGAAGUACCGUUUAUGAUUAUUGAUUGUGGAAAUACACAUAAUACAGAAAAGUUGUUGUCACAUAUAAAGACAGACAUAAAGGAGAACUCCGUAGACCAGUCACAUUCUCAAGCCAUAACUAAAUCCAUGAAUGGAUCUCCUAUAAGAUGACAGGAGAACAUUUGUAACACUUUCUAUGAAGCCUAUAUCUAUAAUGCAUACACUCAAGUCAUUUACAUUUUACAUUUUAGUCAUUUAGCAGAAGCUCUUAUCCAGAGCGACUUACAGUUAGUGAG